GGCUGCUUCCUCCUCCUAGUCCGCUUCUUCAGCCUGGCUCAGCCUUCCGUGAGUGCGGCGGCGGACGGUCCUCACGGGGUCUCUCUUUCUUUGCGGGGCGGGCUGAACACGACUUGGCUCCAGCGACCUCCGCAGCUGGCUUUUGGACAAAUCUCGAAGUACUUUAACCAUUUGGGGAAAACUUCACUUUCCACAUUUUAAGGGAUAAAUAUAAAGAGAGUCCUGCUGGAUCAAACCAAAGUCCAUCUGCCUAGCAUCCUGUUUCCCACACAGUAACCAAAAAGGAAGGAGCACAGUAAAUUCAAGACAUGGGGAAAACUCUUUCCAUGCCUUUACAUGCAUCUAAAGAAGAUGGAAUCCCAGCAUCUGACAACUCAAGAAAUAGAUUAAUUCAGUCAGAAUCCCACAGUGAAGAUGGAAGAAGUGGAGAUGUGUCACAGUUUCCCUAUGUUGAAUUUACAGGAAGAGAUAGCGUCACAUGUCCAACAUGCCAGGGAACAGGGAGAAUCCCUCGUGGGCAGGAAAACCAGCUUGUCGCCCUAAUUCCAUACAGUGAUCAGAGACUGCGGCCAAGGAGAACAAAGCUUUAUGUAACUGUUUCUGUAACUGCAUGCCUACUACUUUCUGGGCUGGCAGUAUUUUUCUUAUUUCCUCGAACUAUUGAUGUGGAAUACAUUGGAGUAAAGUCGGUAUAUGUAAAUUAUGAGGCACAAAAGCGCAUGAUCUAUUUAAAUAUCACGAAUACACUGAAUAUAACAAACAACAACUACUAUUCUGUUGAAGUUCAAAACAUUACAGCCCAGGUACAGUUCUCAAAAACAGUUAUCGGGAAAGCACGGUUGAACAACAGUACCCAAAUUGGCCCACUGGAUAUGAAACAGAUUGAUUAUAUGGUCCCCACAGUUAUACAAGAGGAACUGAGUUACAUGUAUGAUUUUUGUACCUUACCCUCUAUCAAAGUGCACAACAUUGUAGUCAUGAUGCAGGUGACUGUGACCACCUCUUACUUUGGCCACUCAGAACAAAUAUCUCAAGAAAGAUACCAGUAUGUAGACUGUGGUGGAAAUACGACUUACCAGCUGGGACAGUCCGAAUACCUAAAUGUACUUCAACCGCCUCAGUAGGCAGUGGCGGUGGGGACGGGGGAAUAUUAUGCCUGUAUGAGGAAAGAAGAUGCUUGUUGGUUUCUUUCACCUACAUUGAACUUUUGAUCAUAUCUAGUACUAGGGAUGGAUGUAUAUAAUUGAGCAGUCCUGAAGACUUCUCUGCUUUGAGGCAUGAGCAGAAAAGGGGCAAACUGUAUAUGUUCACAGUUGAUAACUUCUUCUUUUCUACCUUUUAAUGUGUAAGUAUUCUGUCAUACUGUUACUUGGUAGUGCGGAGUGGGGGAAGGGUGGACUCUUAAAUCAAUGAACUUGUAUUUUCCCUAAAUGAAAAUGUGGGUACCUGACUUUAAAAAGUUGGUGUGCAACCAUCCAGCUAUAUAUAUGACUUGCCACUAACAAAUAUGUAGUGGAGAAUAAGGUAAUAACAAAAUGUUAGUUUAAGUUCGAAUGACUUCAUUCAGAUGAAGGUUUGCACAUUUUUUAUUGAAACUUAAUUGGCUGUGCUACAGCAAUAGAGGAUGUACAUUUGCAUUAAUAACCCUCUGUCAUUUCAUAUUUUCACUGUAUUAGAAUUUUGUUCUUAUAACGUUCUGUUACGGUAAAGUGCCUGUUACUGCUGCCUUUGCCUAACAUAUAUUCAUUUACUUAAAUGUGAGUGGGUUGAGGGUACGGCUUAUGCUUUAUUGCAUAUUUAGAGAGUGGUAUAUACAGAAUGAAACGUAAAGUGUAAUGCAUUUUUUAAGAAGGAAAAAAUCCAAAAUGGCACACUCACUUAAAACUUCAGUUUCUCUUAAACUGAAACACACGCUUCUUAUAUUUUCCAUAUUUGUUGAUUGGUGGAAAACUGUUGCAUGCUUCAUUCAUAACUCCAGAUAAGUAAGAAUUCUAAGUGUAUCUUGUGCGUUAGGUUUAAAGACACUUUAUUGUCAUUUAAGCAAUACAAAAUUAUAGACUUGGGGCAGCCUAAUGCAAAUAAAAAAUAUAAAAGCCUAAUUCAUACUUCAGUGCUGGUUAAAAUAACCUGUUGCUCAGUAUGAACAUUGUCCACCCAGCUAACCACAUGCGAUGAGGAUGUGCAUGUGCCAUGACUGCACAUUUUCUGCCCCACAUUUGGGAGGGGGAGGGGGGACAUGCUCAUUCACGGUGUGGUGGGCCUGGACAGACAGAUUAUUGUCUAAAUCAGCCCUCAGAUUUGACUUCUCAGACUUGAAAGUUGCUCUUCAAGAAGAGAGCCAUUCUUUUCCCAAACGAGCGCAUGUACGUACAGUUAUUUAAUUUAUUUUUUAGAAGCUCACUCUUUCUCUGAGGAGCCCAGAGCUGUGUGCAUGGUUAUGUUUCUUCUCACAAAAAUGUUGUGAGGUAGGUUAGACUAAGAGACAAGUGACUGGCCCAGAAUCACCCAGUGAGCUUCAUGGCUGAAUGAGGAAUUGAACUUGGGUCUCCCCAGAUGUAUUCUAACACUGUAACCCAGUAUACCACCCUGGCUAAAGAUCAGUGAGAGCUGAAGGGUGAUUAUUCUUGUUUGCUGCCUCCCAUGCUCUUCUAGGAGUCUUGGAAGGGAAACUCUGAUGAUAGGCAGCAAUUGGUUCUUACAUCAGCAACUCUGGCGUGGUAAAGAACAUCAUUAACUGGCCAGUCUAGCUUGCUUCUCUUUUAAGGACAUUGGAACGGCUGGGAAAUGACUGCGUUGCAGCAGAUUUUGUGCUGUUCAUAUUAUGUAUGCAUAAGAUCGAAGUUGCAUUCAGCUUAGACAGUUGGUAGAAGGCUAUGCAUUCUUUGUUAUGUAGAUGCCAUUUUUAACAUUUUCAGUUCUCUAUCUUUCAGUGAUAUAGGUUCUGCUUUACUAGUUAAGAAAUAUUAAAGCACCCUUAGUCAUAGUAGUUAUCCUCUUAAUUGAAUAUAAAGUGCUUAUUUAACUAAAUUAAGCAUUGUUUAAAAAAAUUAAGCAUGACUUAAUUAAAAAAUUAAGCAUGAAAAAUUAAGCUUGACUUUUCACAUAUAUGGGAAAAAUCAAUGGGUCUUCAGAGUGUGUUAAUUUUUUCCCCCUGGAUCAUGCCCACUUUUGUUUACAUAUUAUAUGUUUAUCAUUUUAUAAAUAUGCAGCUCUUGAUAUUGCAGAGAUUUGGGCAGCUAUGCUUGUAAAUUCAGAGAGUUUACUAUCAACGUUUAACACCAACAUUGAGCUUUGCUUGGGAAUAGUUAUUGGUAUGAACACUAGGAACAUAGGGAGCUGCCAUAAACUGAGUCAGAUCAUAGGUCCAUCUAGCUCAGUAUUGUCUACACAGACUGGCAGCGGCUUCUCCAAGGUUGCAGGCAGGAAUCUCUCUCAGCCCUAUCUUGGAGAAGCCAGGGAGGGAACUUGAAACCUAGAUGCUCUUCCCAGAGCGGCUCCAUCCCCUGAGAAGAAUAUCUUACAGUGCUCACACAUAGUCUCCCAUUCAUAUGCAACCAGGGUGGACCCUUCUUAGCUAAGUGGACAAAUCAUGCUUGCUACCACAAGACCAGCUCUCCUCUCCAACAGCUCUCUUUUUACAACAUUCACGAUGCAAAAAAAUCCUUUACAGAUUUUAGUUUGGUUACUGAGAUUUCUGCAGUGCAGAGGACUGCAUUGUCAGAUUGGCAUGCAGCAAAAUCUGUUAGCAUUUUGUUGUGCAACAUGUUUCACAAUCGAUUUUACAAAAUGUAUUGGAAAAUAUCUAUACUAAUUUUUAACAUUACUACUAUUUACCACAGAUCCUACAUAAAGAGCAAUACUGAAAUUAUGAGACCACCCCAGUCCAGUAUAAAAUAAAUGGGCCAUAGUAGAAUCCUGAAUGAGGACUUAAAAGAGGGUUUUAUUUAGUAUACAGAAACAACAGCAAUAUGUAUUAAUACAAAAACCAGCUGAUCUGGUGCAGAGCAUCUGUGCUCCUAGUUCUCCCUGUCUCUUCUCCCCCCACCUUCAGCUCCAGUCCAUUCUCCCCUUCCCAGUCCACUUUCCCUCGCUGGCCAGCCUGGCCAGCACUUUCUCUCCCCUUCCGCCGGUGGUGCUUUCCUUCGCUGGCCAGUUUGGACAGCGCUUUCCUUCCCUACCCGCUGGCAGCACUCUCCCUCGCUGCCUGGCCUGUGCUUUUCCUCCCUGCCCGCCAGCCGGCCACCACCGCCAUUUUCUCCCGUCCCAGACGCUAUUAGCUGCUCAUGAACUCUCGUGAGAGCUGCCAUGCAUGGGAUUAGCGACGGGCACGCCUUGGAGAAAUAAAUAUAAAGAUGAUGUGUCAGAUUUUUGGCCAGAAGGCUUAAAAAAAGGGAGGGGGGCGUGACAAAUAAAAGCUAGGAGGUUUUUUCCAUAGUUUAGAAAAACUAUGAAACCUGAAAAAAUAAUAGCAGCAAUAAUAACUUUGGGGAAAAUACUCAUUUUUGUCUCCUGAAAUGAGCACAACAAAUUUUGUCGGAUUCUGUAUGCGAAGGAAAACAUACCAAUGGGGAGUAAAUAUUUUUCAGCAUAUUGAACUCUUCUUGAUUUUCAGAUUUGUAUAGGCAGUGACGUUUGCUAAUAACAUGAAUAAAAGUGUAAGAUGCAUGAGCCAAGGCUGGCACAUAUAGCUUUUCUAUAUUAACUACAGGUUUCUACAUAUUAUUCAAGUAUCUUUUAUAUAUGUUGUUGAAGCUCUUUAGGGAAAUCUUUACUGAAAAGAGAAAUAAUUUAAAGUUCAUAAAUGAAUAGCAUUUCAAAGGAGAAAGGGUUAAGUUAAGGGUUUGACACAGGAAGUAGCAAUGGAUAGAGACUAUUGACAAGGUCAGCCUCUUUUGAGUGGUGGGGGGACCUAACCAGCAGGAGACAAAGCAGCAUGUAAGAUCUACAAUGAACUUGCUUGACUGGACGUGGUCUGUGCAUAAACACCUUUUCUCUUUUGAAUAUCUCCAAGAUUAAUCAUAAAUUCAAUCUGAAUUGCUAUAAAAUUACUUGGAAAUAACAUAUUGCAUUUAACGCUUGUGUCCUGCUGUUGGUACUGGAGAAAAUGCUCUGGAAUGUCCUCAAGAAAUUCCAUUUUUAAGCUAACAAAAUAUUUUGUGAGAUGUUCACAAUAGAUCUUUUUGCUUUAGUGAGCUGCUAUUUGUAUUGCUGAAAGGAAAAAAGCUCUCAUCAGUUUGUUACUUGAAUUGUUGUAGUCUUGCGUUCUGUAGCAGACGCAUUGCACUUUACAUGGAAGGCGGUUGGAUAAAAUGUGGCAGUCCAAAGACCGUCAUGGUUACCGUUUAAAAUGUGUACUGAAUAAGAAAAUGAAAAAUCUAAGAAGUGGGGCGGAGCCACCAUUGAGCAAACGGGUUCAAAGAACCCGAGCUGCUGCUAACUAGGGGCCGCACCUGGUGCCCCAGGCACACCCCUUGCAUCUGAUGUCAGAUACAGGGGGCAUGGCUUCGCUUGCAUACGUGGCCUGCUCUCCCUUUAAAGGCAGGGAGAGGAGCUCCCUGCCAUGCUGCGAACACAGUGCUGGCUGAUAUUUGCUCUCAAAUGGGGAACACGGCCCCGUUUGCAAGUGAAGCCGUGCCCCUUGCAUCUGAUGUCAGGCGCUGGGGGCAGGGCGGGAGGAACACGGGCGGCUGGCUGGCGUCCUCCGCCACUGCUAAGAAGUAUAAGGUGUAAAAAGUGCCAAGUUAAUAUUUUCAAACUAGGACAGAAGCGGAAUUCACUUUUGAUCAAAACAUAGUCAUGAUGGCUUUAUACCCCUGCACACCAGCAUUCUGGCAUUAAUUCUGGAAGAUGUAAUUUUCGACACUGUUCUUGUAUACCAUCUCGCUUGUUAAAACAAUGAAAUUUUGUAUUCUAUAUUUUGAGAGUUUUUCAUGCAUUUCUGAUGUCUCUACAGCAUACACAUUUCUAUACAACAGUUUAUAACUAUUUUGGUAACUUCCAGCACUCCUGUUCUGAUGUGGUUUGUGUAAACUACACAUUACGAAGCUUUGUGCUAUAUAAAACAUGGAACACUCACAAUGCCAGAUUCUACUGCUAUGAAUCUUGUAUAUGCAAGCUGAGUGACUGGAAAGGUGUCUUUAGUUUAGGGUAACAGCAAAAGGACUUAUGAAAAUAGUGCAAAGAUUUCUAGUAUAUUAGAUUUGGAGUGAGGGGAGGCAGAAUCAAAGUAUCACUAUUCAUGCCAUCUUGUGUGUCUUGAACAUCUUUUUUUCUGGGAAUGGUGGUCUCUAGGUAGGCUUCAAACAUUCCUGUCACAAGAAUGGACAUAAACAUUUUGAGUAUGGAAUCAAGUUGUACUUAUAGAAUACAGGUGCCAGUAUGUAGACAGCCAGCUUCAAUUUGGGAUGAAAUACAGUGAACCAUAUUUGAAUAAUAGGUAUGUGUCAAUAUUCCUGAAUUUGUGCUUGGCUUCUUUGACCAGUGUAGGAUAGGUUGUGGCACCUCUAAUAACACUACUGCCAUAUUGUUAGCUGGCAAAAGUAGGGCAGGCCCUACCAUUUUAUUGGAUCCUCAAAACUUCUACAUAAAGCACAAAGUAACUUAAUGACCUACUUACUGUUCAAUGGGGUUUUUUUAAAAAAUAAAAAAAAUCCACUAACCAACCACUACUAGUUCUCAUUGUAUAAAAUGCAUAUAAUUUAUGUAUAGAGAUGCUAAAAAGGUGAUAACUAUUUUUGUAACUUCAGAAUUGUAAUUGUUCCUGUAACUGUGUGUGGCAAACUGUGUGCAGUGUUUGAAGCAUGAUAAAUAAAACUUCUGUAUGCUGUU